AUGGGCCGACUCAUAUCUCCUACACCGGUCGUUAUCGGCGUAUUACUGGGAGCCGGUGUUUUGUAUUUCACGCAUUCGUAUUUCUCUUCGCCUCCAGAAUCACGGAGCGAAGAGGAGUCUUCAGAGAUCGAUCAUCCCGUACUGAAGAAUCAUUCAAACAUACGCUCAUACCAAACCAAGCAUGCUGUAUACCCUUCGAUAAGAACAUUUUAUCACCCUCAUGCUCAUGCAGAGAAGCUUCAAGCCAUUGCAGAUCUGCCAUUAUUGGUAUUCAUCCACGGUUUGGGAGGAUCUUUACCACAGUUUGGCCCUCUCCUAGGCAGUCUGAUCAACGUCGCACCAUGUUUCGGCAUUGAACUCCCGGGCCAUGGCAUGUCCGCCUUUUCACCCAAGGAUUACCAGGCCUAUACAAUCGAGGCCUUCUCAGAUCUGUGGCAGACUGCUGUUGAGGAUGUUUGCGCCGAGAAAGGACACAAGAAAGUGGCCUUUGUGGCACAUAGCAUGGGAUGCUCAAUUGCAGCCAUAUUAACAACGAACCCAGCAUUCCCCUUGGAUAUUAGAGGAAUGGUUGACAUAUGCCCUCGAGCUACAGCGCCUUCACCAAGUGAAGCAGCUUCGGCCAGACGAUUUCUAUCACUCCCGGAUGCCGUGCUCGAUCUUUUACGAGCAUUGGAUAGGCGAGGGGGAGUCAAUUCCAAGAGCGUCGAAAGAAUGGCCGGUAAGGCCGCAGGGAUAGAUCUCCGACGCCUACAACUGGCAUUCAAUAAAAACUUCAAGACCCCUGUCUGGAAGAGAUCGGCGAUUGGAUGCCUGCCACGAUAUGAUGCUUCUGGAGAACUGCACGGCGGUUUGCCGGGAAAGACUACAUGGGAAAAAAUCAGAGUGCCUCUUUUCCUUAUUGCAGGAGAAUCAGAUACAGUCACAAAACCGAAAGAGGUCGCAAAGAUCGUCUCAUUCCUACAACCACCAGCAGAGAAGAUGGCUAGCGGGGCGCCAUCAGACGCACCCUUUCCAAUAGCCGAUGCUUCUCCCAACGAAACAACCGACUUCGACACCUCCGAGGCUAAUGCAAUGUCUGAUGAACGCAAAUUCGGCAUUCGUCCCUCCACGAACGAAUUGUCUAGCCAUAACUCUAACACCACCAAAACAGCCAUUCUCCCAGCCCCGGCAGCCCACGCCCUCAUGUAUGAUCACUGCACAUACCGAACAGUCGCCGGCCUAAUCGAAGACUUUCUAUCUCGAUACGUCUCCCCCCAGCUAUCGCUAGGUUGGCAACUCCAACAACUCACGACCAGCGGCAAAUGGGAUGUGAAGAACCUCGAGAAAUGGAAAAAAGUGUUACCCGUUUCCGCGCCCAUCGGGCCGUCUGGCAUCUUCCGCGCGAUGAAGACACUCCGGGAACAGGACGAAGAACACUCUCCUUCGAUCUUCCUUCGCAACUGGCGCGACAAGAUCUUCGCCAUCAUCGACAUCUCGCACGACAGCCCCGUCUACGACCCCCAAGCCCUCGAGCGGGGUGGGGUUGAAUACCACAAAUUCCCGACUGUGAGCAAAGUGCCACCAACCCUCGUCGAGGUCGCCGAUUUCAUCGCUCUUGUCGACCGUCUGCGCCGUGAAAAAGGCCACGCCAACAAAGCCAUCGGUGUCCACUGCCAUUACGGUUUCAAUCGCACCGGCUUCUUUAUUGCUUGCUAUUUGAUUGAGCGCAUGGCGUAUCGGCCGCAGGAUGCGGUUGACGCGUUCGCCCGUGCAAAGCCGCCGGGCAUCAAGCAUGAUCACUUCAUCGAUACGUUGUUCAUGCGCUACCACGUUGGCUUGAAGAAGACGCCGACUAUGAGGAGCAUGUCGAUAGAAUCAUCCUAA